GGUUGGGGUCUCUCCAGCACCGGGCCUCCUAGAGGGGGCCUGUUCCCACACUUACUCUACAGUUAUCCCCUGAGCACCCCCUGCGGGUGCUGAGCUAACAUGAGAGAUGGGAGUGGGUUACCCUAGGCUGGACAGUGAGGUCCCAGAACUGAUAGUCAGCCCCGCCCCUGGGGUGCGGAGAAGCCUAAGGGCUCUUGUGAGUGAAGAAGUUUUCCUCCUCCUCUUACGUCUAUAUUCUGGAUGUUUCCUUGAAGCAGAAUCGGUCCACACUGAGCCAGCAGGGAGGCAGCAGGCCAUGGGCGCCUGCUCAGAAGACCCCCACCUGUGCGGGGCCUCCUGGCUCCUGCGAUUCACCGGCCUCCUCCUCAGUGUCUGCAGCUCUGUGACCCAGAGUCCUGGAGCCCAUGGGUCUGCCCUGGACGAUUCUGGAAACCCUCUUCCUCUGAAGGGGACUCUGGGAGCUUCUGUGUGGUUUCACAUGAUCAAAAAUCCAGAAUUACCUCCCAGAUCCAAGCUGAAGAGUAUUACUUGGGGCAUUAUAAAUCAAAAAAUCUACACACCCGUACUCCAAGUUAGUCCCGGGGGAGAUGUUCCACGAUGGGUCAACUUCCAGGACAAGUUCGAGAAGAAGGUCCAUGUGCUCAACACAACGACCCUGAGGAUUGACAACCUGACCCUUGAGGACAGUGGGCUGUACCGGGCUCAAGAGUCCUAUACGGGAGGAAGACAAUAUGACCAGGAUUUCCACCUGAUGGUCUACGAGCCUGUGCCCCUUCCCCAGAUCCGGGCCACAGUUCUGUCCCUCACACCAGGCUGGUGCAACCUCACCUUGAAGUGUGUCCUCACGAGAACCAGGGAGGACCUGACCGUGUCCUGGGAGAGCGAGUGUCUCCCCAGGGAGCUGGAGCAGAGACCGGCCCCAGGACCAUCCCCCAACCCCUGGACACUGGCUGUGAACCUGCCCCUGAGCCAACCCAGCCCCAGCCUCACCUGUGUGGUCAGCAACCAGGGGGACCAGAAAACUGUCACCCUGGACCUUGGGGAUGUCUGUGACCACGAAACAGAACCACAAGGACAGACCAGUGCUGCCCACUUGUCCGGUAUCCUGGUGCCUGUUGUGGUCCUGCCGCUGAUCCUCGGAGCUGGACUGUACCUUUGGAAGAGACGUGGGAAAAAGAAGAAAUUGGAGCCUGGGAGAGGGGCAGGAUCACAGGAGGAGCCCAGGGACCCGGAUGGUGGCAUCCACUAUGCAGAGCUGAGCCACCAGGGGUCCAGAGACCACAGGGACAAGGGUAGGGGAGAACCACAUCUAGAAGAGGAGAACUCUCUCACUACUGUCUACAGUGAGGUCCACAGGCCAGGCCAGGCCAUGACCGCGUUUUAAUGGGAAGAAGUAGGAGAAUCCCGCCCUGGGGAUACCUGUCUCGUGAGCAUGACGCCCGCAGCUCUGGUCCUGCCUCUUCCACCUCUGAUGGCUCUGAGCAGGACUGGAUGGAUCCAGCAGUACUUUCUGUGCUAAAUCGUCAUGCACAAGCUCCCCGUGAGACACACACGGUGGUAGAUCAGGGGUAACUGAGUAAAUAAAUUGGUCCAAACCUGUUCCAGGAAUGCUCAGCCUCUGCUAAGUGGCAACCCAGGAUGGUCCCCACCUUCCCCUUCAUCUGUACGACAUCAAACUGGCUUUCAGACCCUCAGCCUCUGGGACAAACCGUGGAGAAUCACAACAUCCCCCCGGGCCCGUCUUGAGCACCCCCAGCCGUCAGUCCUGCGCUGAGAGCUCUUUACAGACAACGUGAAUUCGUCAUCGUCCCUGCUUGCUGAGGGCGGGCUCUGUGACCCACACUGUUCAGACAUUCUGCUCGCUGCUAACUCACUGGGUCCUGGUGGACUCUCUGUGCGGUGGGGAACCUUGUGCCCACUUUACAGAUCAGUAGAAGGAGCCAGAAAGACUGACUCUGCAGGCCGCAUGGCUGGGAGCGCCGGAGUCAGGACUCAGCCCAGGGAAGGGAGCUCCAGGCCCGUCUCUCCAGGCCUCGGCUGGCUGUCCCACGUCCUGGCCAACCUCCUUCUAUCCUGUCCUGCUGGCCAACGGUCCAGCCUCCUACUGCUCAGCACAGGCAGAAGUUUCUAGUUCCUGACAGUGAGCUUUAACUGACUGCACAGAGUGACACCCAUGUCCCCCUCUCUGCUGUCCCCACGCAGGAUGCGGAGCUCCUUGGAGCUCAGUGAGGACUUUCCCCUACAUUUCGGGGCCCUUCUCUGGGGACGUGUCGUCUCCU